AUGGACUACCAGAACCGCGCCGGCUCCAAGUUCGGUGGCGGCGGUGUCGCUUCGCAGAGCGCAACCAACGCCGACCGCCGAGAGCGCCUGCGCAAACUCGCCCUCGAGACCAUUGACUUGGACAAGGACCCUUACUUCUUCAAGAACCACGUCGGAUCCUUCGAGUGUCGCCUGUGCUUGACCGUUCACCAGAAUGAUGGCUCCUACCUCGCCCACACCCAGGGCAAGAAGCAUCAGACCAACCUCGCCCGCCGCGCCGCCAAGGAGCAGAAGGAGGGCAAGGGCCAGAUCGACCCCCAAACCGGCCUGCCCGUCGGCGUGGUCGGAGCGGGAUUUGCCGCGCUAGGUCUGGGGGGCGUCCGCAAGAACGUCGUCAAGAUUGGCCGUCCAGGCUACAAGAUCACCAAGGUGCGCGAUCCGGUGUCGCGCCAGCAGGGCUUGUUGUUCCAGCUGCAGUACCCGGAGAUCACCAGCGACGUCGUCCCCAAGGUGCGCUUCAUGAGCGCCUUCGAGCAGAGGGUUGAGGACCCCCCGGACAAGAACUUCCAAUACAUGCUCGUGGCCGCCGAGCCCUACGAGACGUGCGGCUUCAAGCUGCAGGCCAGAGAGAUCGACAGGACCGGCGAGCGGUACUGGACCUGGUGGGACAAGGAUCUCAAGGAGUUCUGGGUCCAGGUCAUGUUCUUAACGGAGCGCGAGGAGCGCUAUGUGGGUGUGCCUGGUUUGCCGGGCAGGAGGUGA